GCCAUUGCCGGCAGUGCCUGGAGACUGAGGAGGGGUCUUCGGCCACAGGCUCUCCGGGUGAAGAACCUCCAGGGCUCUCGAGUCUCUGGCGGCACCGACUUGUCGGCGAUUUCUGCUGUUGGGAAGAAGGGAAGGAAAAGUGAAAAGACUGGUUUUCUGCUGCCUGGAAGAUCAUGAAGGACUCUAAGCACAGUGUUCUGGGAGAAAGCUUCCCUGGACUCUUGGUUUCCUGAUGAUGUCUGAGCAGGACUAUUCUUCAGAAUCCCACCAUUUCUGAGUUUCAGUAUCACCAAAGUGCUGCUCAACCUUGAAGAAAAUACUGUUUCUCAGCUUGAAGCAGACCUGUUUGUGAAUCUUCACUCCCAUUUGCUGAGCUACUGGAGUUCUGUUCAGGAAGUUACUGUCUAUGCCAGUGAGUUUUUAUAACGGAAGUACUGUGACUUGUGGAUACACCCUUCAAGAAUUAAACUAUUAGGAAAUGGAUCAACCCUGCUUGUUAAGUGAGGAAGAACAUGAUCCAGAACCACAAAAGAGCUUAAAAGAAACUCAACAGAUAGAUGACGAAGAUGCUGAACUGAUCUUUGUUGGGGUGGAACAUGUAAAUGAAGAUUCGGAGCUUAUCUUUGUUGGAGUAACUUCAAAUUCCAAACCAAUCAUCUCAAACAUUUUGAACAGAGUAACUCCAGGUUCCUGCUCAAGGAGAAAAAAGUAUGGUCGCCUUAGAAAGAAUACUUACAGGUCACAGCCUACAAGUCUUAUGGUCCCUAGAUCAGACACAGCAUCUCGAUCUGAAUCAAGAUCAACAGAUAGUCCCAUUAUUAUUGAGCCUUUGCCUAAUGCUGAUAAAAAUAAUUCACCACAAGCUUCUCUAUCCAAACCGAGAUCAACAGAUAGCCCUAUAGUUAUUGAAACUUUGUGUAAUCCUAGUAAUUUACCACUGGCCCCUCCAUCCAAAUCAAGAUCAACAGAUAGCCCUAUUAUUAUUGAUACUUGGUGUAAUCCUGGUAAUUCACCACCGGCGUCUCCAUCCAAAUCAAGAUCAUCAGAUAGCCCUGUUAUUAUUAUUGAGACUUUGGGUAAUCCUAAUAAUUCACCACAGGCAUCUCCAUCCAAAUCAAGAUUAACAGAUAGCCCUAUUAUUAUUGAGACUUUGUCCAGACCUGAGUAUAAAAAUAAUUUACUACAAGCAUCUUUAUCUGUAGCAAGAUCAACUGAUAGUCCUAUUAUUUUAGAGCCUUUGUCUAAAUCUGAUUAUAGAAACAAUUUACCACAAGUCGUGCCUGUUAGUUCCUCAGAGUUACAUUCUCCUUUGGUUACAUUCACAAGUUCAUGGCAUCAGCCUGGUAGAGCAACACUUUCAGUAGAAGGUGUGAACGAAAGUCCUUGUGUAGCAAAGCAAUGUUCUUCUGAGGUUAGUAGCCUGAAUCCCCAAACACUUGAGUUCAGUGAUGGACAUACAGGAAGAUAUUCUUCAGCUUUGUCUCCUUCAGGUGCUUUUCAUAUAGUGAAUCCUCACCAAAUUCCACCCUCAAAUGGUAUUCAUGCCUCAUUAAACCAUGUUCAAACUGGGGCAUCUUUUCCAAAAGACAAUGUCCAUUUCAAGCCUCUGCAUUUAAAUCCUGGUAGCAAUAAUGUAUUGGCCAAACCAGACUUUUCAAACCUUGAAAGUCCAGACAAUACCUCUGAUCCCAAUAAAGGAAAUCUGGUUGUGUUACUUAGUGACUUCUAUUAUGGACAGCAUAAAGGAGAUGGGCAGCCAAAACAGAAGACUUACACAACUUUUAAAUGCCUCAGCUGCUUGAAAGUUCUAAAAAAUGUGAAGUUUAUGAAUCAUGUGAAACGCCAUUUGGAAUUUGAGAAGCAAUGGAGUGACAGCUGGGAAAACCCCACCACUUGCCAGCACUGCCAUCGGCAGUUCCCCACUCCCUUCCAACUAGAGCGUCACAUUGACAAUGUGCACACUACCCAGGAGCUAUCUACUGUCUGCAGAAUCUGUGAGUUGUCAUUUGAAACAGAUCAACUUCUCUUAGAACAUAUGAAAGAUAAUCAUAAGCCUGGGGAGCUGCCCUAUGUGUGCCAGGUUUGCAAUUACAGGUCAUCGGUCUUUGCUGAUGUGGAAACACAUUUUAGAAAGUGCCAUGCAAACACUAAGAAUUUGCUUUGUCCUUUUUGUCUCAAAAUUUUCAAAGCUGGAACACCAUAUGUGUGUCAUUUCAGGGGACAUUGGGAAAGGAAUGUUCACCGGUGUUCUAAAUGCCGGCUGCAGUUUUUAACUUUCAAGGAGAAAAUGGAGCAUAAGACUCGGUAUCACCAAAUGUUUAAGAAGCCGAAACAACUGGAAGGAUUGCCUCCUGAGACAAAAGUUGUUAUUCAAGUGUCCCUGGGACCUGUUCAGCCAGGAUCAGAAAAAGUAGCAUCUAUCACUGUGAGCACAACUGAUUCUGAACCAUCUUCUCCCAGUCUUAAAAGUAAAAAAUCAAAAAACAAAACAUUAACUCCAGUGUUGGUUAGCCAAAAGCAAGUAUUACCAUCUAAAUAACUCCCUUAGAGGCAAAAUAUAUAAAUCAUAUAUUAUUCAAAGUACCAAAAAUGUGAAACUCACGAUUUACUUGAGGGUUUUUUUUUUUCUUUUAAAUUUUAAAUUCUUUUAUUUUCCAGUGCUGGGUAUGAAUCUAGAGCCUUGUACAUGCUUGGCAAGUGCUCUACUACUGAGCCACAUUCCCAGCCUCUGCAUCAUUGUCUGAUUUAAUUUUGAGGUAUUAUUUAAGAUGUUACUUGAUUUUAUGUUAAACUGGUUUACCACAUGAAAGGUGCCCAUGUAUGUUUGAGUGAGAGGAAAAACCAAAGUGGAAAUUUAUUUAUUGUUUUGGUAUUUCAUGCUCCUCCUAACCUGGAACACACUCUUGUCUACAUAGAGAGGUUUUUUUUUAGGACUUUUAAAAAUACUUGAUUUUAUUUUCUAUUUUUCCUGUGUAUUACCAAUUUCAUUAUUAGCACUAGUCAAACUGGAAUGGCUUUGUUAUGGCCUGGACUAUUGGUUUAUAAACUCCCAGAAGUGCCUCUUCUUUGCUGGCCAAAAAAAAUCACUGAGUUCUAAGAGUCCAUGUUGGAUUGAGGGAGAAGCUGUGAUAUUGAGAUAAGGCAAAUACAUGUGGUCAAGAGAAAGUAAUGGCUCCUUCCAUCAACUGAAGGAUAGGCACAGAUUCACUCAAGUCUUACAGAUGAGACAGAAGAAACACUGUCUCACAGUGCCUCUGCCUAUUGGAAGAAUAUCCAAGGAAGCAAAACCAUUCUUGUAAAAUGUCUGUUUUGGUAAAGAUGCUCUACAGAUAUCAGGCUACUGCUGUCUCCUUAGCUUCCCAUGAAGAAGCAGCAGUAAUUAAUAGAAUGGGAACCUGUGGUAGUGGACUUCCUAUGGAGUGAUUGGAUUUAUUUCCAUCCUUUCCCUUUGACUAGCCAUUAGUAGAGAAUGAACUGCAGUUUUCUCUCUCAGCCAUAAUGUUAAGUUUUCCCGGGUAAAGAAGUUUGAAAGGUACUGGGCCGAUAGUUUAAUGACAAGGGCCAAAUAAAUGUUUUCUGUCAGUUCAUGGCCUGGGCUAAAUUUAGUUCUGCUGUUAAGCUGUAAUGGGUACUUGCCAAGAAUCAAAGGUACAGUGGAGAAAAAUAGUCCAGGGCUGAUUAAAAUUAAACCCAUUAUAAAGCUUUUACUUACAUUUUUCAAUAAGAGUGUAUCUUAUGGUAACUGAACACAUAAAACUUGAAAUUUUUUAUCUUAUGGGUGUGAGUGUAUGAUGAGGAAUAGUUUUUAUUCCUCUUUUAUUUAUAAUUACCCUGCUGGUCAUACUAAUACUGUUUGGUUCUUACUUGAAGCACUCCAGUGUGCAAGAAAUGCCCCCUGUAUUGCUGACUCUUAAGUCUUGAGAAGUAUCAAGGUUCAGAGUUAUCAUCCUAUAACUAAUGUAUGUACUAUUUGGUAUGUCACACACUGGACUUUUCUCCUCUCCCCCCCUCUACCCCCCAAUCAUCCCAGUCUUUGUCACAGAACUGUGGAAUACCCUCUGAGUAUUAAUUCCUGAAUAUCUGCCACCUUGGCAGUUUCUGUGAGUUCUCAGAGUUGCCUCCCCUGAGCCUCGUCUAGUGCCUGCCAUUCGUUGUUCCUCUAUUCCCAAUCCUGUGAACCUGUGUUCAUCAGUCGAGGAAUCUUAGCAUACUGGUUUUAAAUAUAGGUCUGGAGAAAAUCUGUUUUCCUUCAUUCUCUGUAAAAAAUACCUUAUUUCACUAGGAGUGGUGUUGUACAUCUCAGCACUCCAGAGGCUGAGGCAGGAGGAAGAUCAUGGGUUCUAGGCCUUCCUGGCUAUUUAGUGAGACCCUGUCUCAAACAACAACAAUAACAGCAAUAGACUACUCCCAAGCAACAAUUUAUUCUCCCUAAUCCUUUCUUCACUCUUUAACCUAGUUAAAAGUUUCUAAGCUUUCACAGAAAACUGGGCUGAAUCAUGACCUUCACAUUCUUGUUAGAAUUGAGGGAGUAGGGACUGUUGUAUUUAUUGGCCCCAUGCUUGAUUAAUUUUCACCUUGAACAUUUUACUAGGCUUUUUCAGUUGGUUUGUUUGGGCCAAGACAUAUUGCUAAAAUUCUACCCUGAACCCUUUCUUCAGGUGAAGAAAAGUAUGUGUGGGGCUCCUGUUUGUCUGGAUGGAAACUACUACUGUAUAUAAAGAGAUGGCAGAUUUUUAUAUACUGUUUCUAAAUUGCAAAGAAAUGUUUUAAUGGUUGCUUAGCAUUGAAUGCUUUUUCACUAAAGCAUGCUCCUAAGGAGUAAAAAUUCUCACUUCUACUUACAUAUUCAUUGCUACUUAUACUACAUGCUCCAAUGCUUUAGCCCCUGCCCACUUCCUCUCUCUCCCAUCCGUUAACACGUCCCUGUCAUGGUCUCCAUCGAUGGACUGUUUUCACAUACUGGCCUUUCUUAUUCCUCAAGUAAAUUACAUUUUUUUUUUUCCUGAUCCAAAGGCUACACAUGCCAGUCUGUCUUCGAAUGCGCCUCCCUUAGGCCUGCAUGGCUUACUACCUCACCUUUGAUUCAUUGAGCUUCACCAAAGUUCUUAGAGUAACUAGAAAUCUACUCUGCUUUUUAGUCCUUUCUUAUCCCUUCUCUUUAAAGGCAGUUUACCUCUCCUACUCCCGUCCAGCCAAGUGUUAAUAUGUUCACGAGAAUGCUGGGCAGGAAUGAUCAUCAAGGGCUUUGCAUCUGUCAUUUCUGUGCCUACACCAAAAGAAAAUUAAUAUUGUGACCCGUCUCUUGCAAGAGCUGUUAUUUUUUUUAAUUGAUAGUUCUCUAUAUUUUUUAAGCAAUGUCACUUUGUUUUGUUUGUAGAUAUAUUGGAUAUCAGUGAAUAAUAGCCCAGAUUACUAUUUUGUUACUCUUUCUGAAUUUCCUUGUCUAUUUUGCUGCUUGUUGUUUAAGAUGAAAUUUAUUUUGUUAAUGCCAGAAGUUAUUAACAAAAUAGAAAUUAUAGUAAUAAAAUGUUUG